AUGUCCUCUCAAGACUACUACGGAGGUGGGGGAGGUGGCUAUCAACAGCCGCAAGGUUACAGCCAAGGCCAAGGACCUCCCCAGGGCUACCAAUCGCAAGGCUACCCUCAGCAGGGCGGAUACCCUCCACAAUCGUCAUACAACCAAGGCCCUCCCCAGCAGAACUACGGCGGCGGACCCCCAUCGCACCAGCCCUACGGUCAAGACAACCGACAAACUUCUCCCUAUCCUCCUCAGCAUCAGUAUAAUCAGCCUUCACCUCAGCAGGCCUACGGCGGCCCUCCUCCUCACCAGAGCUAUGGAGGUCCCCAACAAGGCUACGGCGGGCAUUCGCCGCAGCCAAGCUACGGAGGCCACUCGCCCCAACCCGGCUACGGCCAGAGCCAUCCUCCCCAAGGCUACGGCCAGGACAAUCGGCAGCACUCGUCCUACCCGCCGCAGCACGGCGGUCUCCAGCAGAGCGGGUAUCCAGCAUACCCGCAGCAGGGCCAGCACGGCGGUCCCCAGGACGAGCGCGGCCUUGGCGCGACGCUCGUCGGCGGCGGAGCGGCCGGCUGGGCGGCCCAUGCCGCAGGUGGGGGUGCGCUUGGCACUAUCGGAGGCGCCGUGGCCGGUGCCAUCGGCGCCAACUUGUUGGAGAACAAGUUCGAGAAGAAGCACAAGAAGCACAAGAAGGAGAAGAAGGAGAAAAAACACCACAAGCGGAGGGGAAGCGGCAGCUCCAGCUCCAGCUCCAGCUCUGAUUCGGAUUAA